CGCCCGCGCCGCCGGGCAGCUCCCGCGGUCGGCGGUACCCGCCUGGCCGGCAGCAACGAGCGAGCUCCGCAGCGCGGGCAGCCGCCGGCGGCCCCGCCGAGCAGGUGCUUCAGGCUUUAAGGGCAAUUAAGUCAGCUGUGCCUUGCACCAUCAGCCUGUGACACAGAGGCCACUCUGGUUUGGAUGUGCGAAUUCAGAUACCUGGGCAGCACUGCAGCUAUAGAUACAUCUGAGGAAUCACAAUGAGAUGCCCUGAGCACUUCUACUGAAAACUUCCCCCUGACUGGAAUUUCCUGCCGUCCAACUAACUUGCUCUGCUCCUGCACCGCUUCGCUCAAUGUUCAAAGUCACUUUUCUGUUGCCCUAGUUGCUGACUGCAAAUCCUGGCCAGCAUCAAUCUCCAGUUUCUCAAAUAGGUAGCAUUCCUGUUCCCGAGCUGGUGGUUAAAUUGGACUGAGCCCUUUCUACAAGAAUCAACUUUUAACAAAGAAAAGGUUGCACCAGCUGGCAGGUUGAAACUAAGAGGAGGAGGAGCUGGAAGGGUUGCUGCUAGCAGGAAGGUCUGGACCAAGGGCCGUGUGGACACAGACAUGUCUGAAGGCAUCUGCUCUUGCCAUUUCAAGAAUCAUGACUAAACUGGCAGACCAGCAGGGCUACAUGAUACCAUGAAGAGAAGCUUACAGGUCCUCUAUUGCCAACUGUUUAGUGUUCUGCUGGUCCUGGCACUGAGGGCAGAGCUGGUGUUCUCUGUUCAGGUACUGCCUCCCAUCGUCUCCUCCUCUCAGGGCUUCCCGACGGACGCCGCCACUGUCACAGCCAUGGGAACGACGCCUCGCCACAAAGGCCGCCACGCGUCAGAGCCGCUUCCCACGUCCUCUUACACCAUUGCCCAUGCCCUCAGCCUGGCAGAGACAGCUCCUUCCGCCGGGCAGAAGCAGGCGAGCGGCCCUCACCUGGGCCAGGAGGGCACCUACCACUCGCACAACCAGAGCGCCCUGUACUCGGCACAGACUCGCCCCAAGGGGAAAAUAUUCCAGGUGUUCAAAGGCAACUUCACGGCACCCUCGGAGCCUUACCUAAAGACAAGCCUGCACUCUCCCUUCCCCAGCCUGAGGAGCCCUUUCACGGAGCACCCGGCCCGGCCUCCGAGUGCGGCGCGCAGCGAUGCGAGCGGCAGGGCGCUGGCAAGAACUGCACACCCAGACCCUGCCCCGCGCCGCAGCACCUUGGGGAGCCUUGGGGAAGCCGAGCAAGGGCAUGGGGCCCAGGUGGCAGUGCAGGAGGCAGAUUUUGCCACCACAACUGCUGGACCAUCAUCUGAUGCUGAAGCAGUGUCGGUGCCUUUUAAACCCACCCACUACGGUGUCUGGGAUAUGCUGAGCAAAAACAACUCUUGGGUGACCUUGAAUCUCAGUACCAAUGUCCCUCUGUUUGCUGGUCCUGGCUCUGCCACAGCAGCAGCAGGUCACUCGGUUCAGACCAGUUUUGACGUCAGCAUCUCCUCCCCAGCAGUGGGAGACCCCAAGGGACCCUCUACAACGCAGCAUGGCACGGUAACUAACACCACCUUGCUGGGCAGCGCUCUCUCGGCAGUACCUGCCACGAGGUUGUCCAGCUCCAUUUCCACAGCUGGAUCCACUGCCACUGGGAACUUCCUAAACAGACUGGUUCCUGCUGGGACCUGGAAACCUGGAGUGCAAGGAAACAUCUCUCAUGUCACUGAGGGGGACAAACCACAGCACAGAGCAACCAUCUGUCUCAGCAAGAUGGACAUUGCCUGGAUCAUUCUGGCUAUCAGCGUACCUAUAUCCUCCUGUUCAGUUCUGCUGACAGUCUGCUGCAUGAGGAGGAGGAAAAAGACAUCUAACCCAGAAAACAACCUGAGUUACUGGAAUAAUGCCAUUACCAUGGACUACUUCAACAGACAUGCUGUAGAGCUACCCAGAGAGAUCCAGUCCCUGGAGACUUCAGAGGACCACCUGUCUGAGCCUCGCUCCCCUGCCAAUGGCGACUACCGCGACAGCGGGAUGGUGCUGGUGAACCCCUUCUGCCAGGAAACGCUCUUCGUGGGACACGAGCAAGUCUCUGAGAUAUGACCCACAGCUGCUGCCUGCUGCAGCUUCAGCUCUGCUGACUCCAAAUGAGAAAUACAUAUAUAUUAUAAAUAUAACCUUUGUGUAACCCCAAUUACAGCAGAUGUUUUCAGCUUUUCUUUCCUCCCUCAGAAUUGUCAGCCCCUUUUUUAUAAGUGUGGUAAAACUUUACAGAACAAACUGUGGCUUUAUAAAAUAAAGGUAUUUCUAAGCAAAA